AUGUAUGAACUGUAUGAGCAGUUGUUACCGACGAAGCUCUACACAAAGGAGAAGACGCAAACCUCCACCGACGGCGAAGUUCUAUGCAGGUUAUGUGGGAAGGUAGCUGAGAGCGUUGCACAUGUACUGGCUGGAUGUUCCUCCCUGGCACAAACCAAGUACCUAUACAGGCAUAAUGCAGCUUUGAAGAUUCUGGUUUUUGAGCUCCUGCGGGAGCAUGGGUUAAUGGAAGAGGUUCCACCAUGGUACUCACCGGUGAUGCCAAAACCAGCCUACCAGAACACCACGAGUGAGGCGUUUUGGGAUAUUCCCAUCUAUGCAGAGCACAACGAAGUUAGAGCAAAUCGGAUCGACGCGCGACUUGUCAACCACGAGAGGAAAGAAGUCUGCACAAUUGAAAUGAGCUGCCCAUGGAUUGAGAGUAGAGCUAAGAAAGAUGAGGAAAAGACACUCAAGUAUGGGCCCAUGAUGUGGGAGCUGAAGCAGAGAUACAAUGGUUACAGGGUUGAACAGUACAACGUAAUAAUUGACGUACUGGGGGUUACUCUAAACACCUAG